ACCUAGGUAUAUUAGGUUGGACUUACAUAGCACCUGGGCCACUUAUACGGACAUGACAGUCAAGCUUAGUACAUGUAUUUAUGUAAUUUGAAUAUUCAUCGUUGAUAUUCUUGUAAUGGCCGUUAUGAAGUCACAAUAUUCAUGUCUUCGGCACCCUUUCUACUCCUCUCCCCGGCACUACCUUCUGAACUUCUCACUUAUAUCUUAACCCACCACGUCCAUCCAACUACUCUGGUUAUAUGUUCUUCCCGCUCAGAAUUCCUUGCGUCUCUCUCGGACGAUGUGCUUCAAGGGACAGCUCAUCCGGAUGAGGUAGCUUCUGUUGAGCAUUCAGUGGAAACUUCAACAUCUGGUGCUGCGCCAGAGAUCCAAGAUAUCAAACAAGAGCAGGCCAGACAACAACAACACCGGCUUCUCUCCUCUCCGCUGUACCAAAUAGCCACAUCGCGGCACAUCCGUGUCGUCUACAUCCCUACAGUCACGCAUCUCCGCGCAUACUUGUCCGUCUUCUCACCGGAUGACUCCAAAGUCCCAAUUCCGCCCGCCGGCUUCAACUCUUCAGGGAAGUGCACACCGUGUAUAAUUCUAUACGGGUUCCUAGAGAUGCAUCGCGACACGAGCGAAUGGAGCGCGCAAGGUCUCGGUAACUCUGCAUCCGCGCUAGUAGAGCUGGGUUACCGGUUAUCGUGGCAGAUGAUCGUUAUUGAGCCCCGGAAGCGUAGCUCUGCAUCUUCGUUUGAGGACUCGCUAAGAGAAAACGUUCCCUUUUUAAGUGGCGGUGGGAGGAGACUAGGUCCCGACGCGGAGGCUGGCGGUUGGACUGGUCGGACUGUAGAAGUCGGAAGAGUCAUGAAGAGGUGGUUUGAUUUCCAACUUGGGGAAUGGGAUACAAACUUGGAUGAAAACAAGUAGACGCCAAUAAAACAUGGUGGACUUUAUAAAUAAUAUGGUAUCUCUUCAGAUGCCUAAAACACAAGUUACAAUGGUAAUAAGCCCUAUAUGCACUUUUCCGGUCCUGGCCGGUAUGCAACACCUUAACGCCAGCCGUGGUAUCAUCCUUUCAUG